UGCGCCUGUUCCUGCGCACACCCUUCCAGCCCUGCCGACCUUCCAGCCUUCCAGUGUGCCUAUGAGUAUGCAGUGAAAAUGACAGCAGUGGCAGAGGAGCCAUCAACAUCACCAUCACCGUAGACAGCAGAAACGUUGACGCCAGCGCUAGACGAGAGCCAAGGUUCCUGCCACCCAGUUAGCCCACUCGAUUGGAUAAUCGCCGAGGAUCGAAAAACGUGAAAGCAGCCCUCGAAUAGUCCAAGUCCACAAUCCCAGCCAGCCAGCAUGUCCUAGUGAAGUCCUAGUCGUGGGAAGAGUGCAGAGAAGAGAAGAGAAUAGGAUAGCAGAGCAGGAGCUGCACGAUGGCCUCCGGCGAUGGCGACACCAUCAACACCAUCGACAUGGACAGCUCCUCGGCGUCACAGGCCAAACUGGCCGAGCCCAGCAAUGCCUCCACCGACCAUGUGGGAAACUCAUCGCCCGACCUGGGCAACCGACCGAACCGAGCGUCCAGCAAGGCGGACAAGGAGCGCAAGAUUGGCCACAGACGGGUCGGCGAGGGCGGCGAGAUUACGUACAAAAAGAUCCAGACGUCGCAGAUCAUGGGCUCCAUCCAACUGGGAAUCCAGCACACUGUCGGCAGUCUGGCCUCGAAGCCCAAGCGUGAUCUACUUAUGAUGGACUUCUGGGAAAUCGAGAGCAUCACCUUUCCACCAGAGGGUUCUAGCCUUACACCUGCCCACCACUACAGCGAGUUCAGAUACAAGAUCUACGCGCCCAUAGCGUUUCGCUACUUUCGGGAUCUGUUUGGCAUCCAGCCAGAUGAUUUUAUGAUGUCCAUGUGCACGUCCCCGCUGCGGGAACUGUCCAAUCCUGGUGCUUCCGGCUCUAUAUUCUACCUGACGACCGACGACGAGUUCAUCAUAAAGACGGUGCAACACAAGGAGGGUGAAUUCUUACAGAAACUACUGCCUGGUUACUAUAUGAAUCUAAAUCAAAAUCCGCGCACGCUAUUGCCAAAGUUCUUCGGAUUGUACUGCCUGCAGACGAGCAAUGCCAAAAAUAUUCGCCUGGUGGUCAUGAACAAUCUCCUGCCCUCGUCCGUAAAGAUGCACCUCAAGUACGACCUCAAGGGCUCCACGUUCAAGCGCAAGGCCAACAAGGCGGAGCGUGCCAAGAAGUCGCCCACGUACAAGGACCUCGACUUCAUGGAGCAGCAUCCCAACGGCAUAUUCCUGGAGGCCGAGACCUACGCCGCGCUGAUCAAGACCAUUCAACGCGACUGCACGGUCCUGGAGUCCUUUAAGAUCAUGGACUACUCCCUACUCCUCGGCGUCCACAAUCUGGACGUGGCGCUAAAGGAGAAGCAGAGUGAGCAGAGAAAACCGCUCAGGGCUCCGCUGGCCGAGGACUCCGAUGUAGAUGGAGAUGAUCCCCUUGAUGGCGAUGCGGCCACAGGCAUCAGCAGGAAUAAUGCGGCAUACAGGUCAGUGAAUCGCCAGCGGCUGGUUGCCCACUCCACGGCCAUGGAGAGCAUUCAGGCGGAGAGUGAACCCAUCGACGACGAGGAGGAUGUGCCACCUGGUGGCAUUCCAGCAAGGAGUGAGAAGGGCGAGCGCCUGCUGCUCUACAUCGGCAUUAUCGACAUCCUGCAAUCCUACAGGCUGAAGAAGAAGCUGGAGCACACAUUCAAAAGCAUCAUACACGAUGGGGAAACCGUAUCGGUCUGCCGGCCCUCGUUCUAUGCUCAAAGAUUCCAAAACUUUAUGGCCAAGACCGUGUUCCGCAAGAUACCCUCCCUGGAUCUCCCAGAGAUCAAGGGGAAUCACAGAAAAUUUCGUACCUUGGUGACCAGCUACAUAGCGCUUAAGCAUUCGCCUUCUAAGAGAAAAAGCCUUUCCAAGGCCAUUCAGCGUUCCAUUGACAGCGACAACGAGAUGGCCUCUAGGCCGGUUCACGCCUCGCACUCGCACAGCAGUGUCAAGAUUCACCAGCCAGCCAAGCCGCCCACCACCGAGCCCACGCCAGCGGGAGCGGCUGGUGGAGCCGAAAGAGGAGCAACUGCCCUAGGUCCAGCAACCACCAGUGGCGCCAGCGAACGGGCACCUCCGCCCGUCAAGCAGCGUACUUCGGCGGCCAGUAAUCUCAAGACGCGAGUGCCACCGCCAGUACCGCCACGCGGCUCGCCACGGCGCAAGGAUGCCCAGGAUCGGACGACACCAGGCACAACGCCCUCAUGCAGCUCGACUCCUCCCCCCGCCUUUGACGACAUCUCCGAGGACAGCUCGAACAAGAACAGCAGCUCGUCGAUAGGGCGCCGGUCGCAUCAUCAUCACCACCAUCACCAGCAGUCGCAGCAGCACCAGCAGUCCUACUAUCUGGAUCGCAAGAUGAACAUUGGACCCGCCUAUCGAGGCUCCUACAAGGAGGAUAUUGUCAGCGUAUCGGAAGUACAUCUGGAUACAUUACUGGCGGUGGACACCUCGUCGAGCAGCCAGUAUGGAUCCCGCGGCGGAUUGGCCUGGACCCCGCCCGCUUCAGGUGAGGGCUCCACUCCCACAUGGACAGAGGGCACACCAAGUUUUACGGACUCCAGUUCGAGUGGUGAUCUCGACAACUUCUCGCCCAUAAACUCAUCUAAAAUCGAUCGACACAAGCCGACGGUGGAAGAGGCCAUCAACUCUCUGUCCGCGGGAAUGAUCAACUAACAUAGCAUGUGGUGACGGAACACAAGACACACCAACCCAGAUAUAUCACGAUGUGGACUGAGAAAGAGUCCGAGCAAAGUAUGCCUCAUACUCUUACAUACUGAUUAUGCUUGCGUGUUCAGGCGCUCUUGUAUAGCUAGGAUAUAAUCAAAAGGCGCCCCACGUAGAACAGAUUCCCCCAUGUCAUGCCCACGACCACAGCCACACCCACACCUGCCCAUCCCUUCCAGCGGACACUGGGUGAAGAAUAACCAACAGAGACAUAACUCAAUCCAGCAAAAGAUAUUAUAUACAAACCGAAAGCGUACUCCUCAUACACAGAACUACAGAAGCAUAUAGCAUAUAACUGGCAAAUCAAAUACGAGUAAGGUGCUCACGAUGGCAUCCCGUUGGUGAUCAGAGAUCCGUGAUCAGUGAUUCGUUGUCCCGGCCCCCUAUACGUUUAGUGUACGGUGUAAAGAGUUCGUUAUGCGUUCGAUCAGAUAAUAUGGAAAUAUACAAUACACUGAAAUUAUAUAAAUAAACGUUUUUGCGAUACUUUCGAUCUCCGAUAUAUCCACAUAAGUACGUAUUAUGUAUACCUAUGUAUAAUCAGCAAUCGCGAUAUUACAAUAUUAUUGUAAAAUAUUUCAAUUUACAAGCCAGACAAACCAAGAGCAAAAUUAUAUACAUAUUAUUCAUCUGUAUUUAUUAACGAUAAUUGUAACGCGCUUAGGUUUACUCAACACAAUAAACAGAACAGAACCGGACCGGAUAUUACAAUACGUGCACCAACAGACGGACUCGGACUGCAGACAACUUUUGACUCAAACAUGAUGAAAGAAUUGAUUAUUUAUUAAUUAGUUGAAUGUUAUUUAACUUAUAUGCAUUAUUCUAAAGAUUACUGAAAUCCAAAUGUAAUUACAAUAAAUUAAAUUGCAAGGUU